UGUUACUGUUCGUUUCAGUGAAAGUGGAGGUUCAUUCCAGCAGCAGCGGCGCUGGUUCGGACGAGAAUUUAAGUUCGUCCGAUCUCUCCGAACGAUCCGGCGACAACGAACACGACUACGAAGACAUCUACACGAUCAGAGAGGAAACUAAAGAGACAAACAAAACCAGAUCGAGAUCCAGAGAUUCGGGAUCGCACAGUAGAUCCGCGUCAUUGACUUCUUCGCAUUCCGGAGGACUCGUAGUACUCGCCGCGGACAAAAAUAAUAACGACGGAGAUAAAACAGAAAUACCCGAAGAAGAACCGGAAAAAACGAAACUCGCCCAACGACAUUCCCUUCCGACGAAAUCCGACAACGGUAAAAUCUUGAAGCGGGUGACUUCGGUUCCUCUGGAAGCUCGUCCGCCGCCACCGCCACCGCCUCCGCCGAAGGCUUCGCGCCCCGAAACCGAAGAUGAACCGAGAGGAGCCGAAAUCGUCGAAAUUAUCGAAGAACCGACUUUGAAACCGUCCGAUAUUUUGAAGGGGAUGUGCAGAAGUAUGUCAGCUCUAUCCGCUAGACGUUUGAAUUCGUCCUGUUCGGAUCUCACGAUCGUCAGUCUAGACGGAGACGAAGCCGACAAACACGCUCCGAAUCUAGUGAACAAACAGAGGGUGUUGCCAUUCGUCCCCCCAUCGUUUCCGGGUUCGGCCGAUUCCAACAAUUUGAUCAAACCGUCCGAGUAUUUGAAGAGCAUCUGCGAUAAAAGAUCAUCGUCGAGCCGCUCGAUGAGAAGCUUGUCGGAAAGCGAAGACGCCGAAUGUUCCAAGUUCGAAGAUAAGAAGGAUACGAAUAGAAGCGCCGGGCCUCCUCCGCCUCCUUUGCCGGAUCUGCAACCCAGAGAGGAGGCGAAUGCCGAAAUGGUUAAGAAGCAGAAUCAACCUCUGUCGGCGAUCAGCAUCCAGGAUCUCAAUUCGGUUCAAUUGAGGCGGACCGAAAAGGUGGCGGCUUCUAAAACGUUUUCCGCUCCGACGAGAAGCGUGAGUUUGCAAUGUCUUCAGAGCGAACCGUUUUUGGCGCAGAAAACUGAUCUGAUCGCCGAAUUGAAAAUGUCCAAGGACAUAACGGGGAUUAAAAAGAUGAAAAUCGAGAAAGCUAAAUGCGAGGAGAGCAAAGAAAAGGAAAUAUUUUCGGAGAUUACCAAGCAAUUGACGACCACAAAGUUUGUCGAAAAGGUACCAGAAAAAGACAACACGGGAAAUAUAAUACCAGAGUGGAAACGACAAAUGCUGGCAAAAAAAGCUGCCGAAAAGGCUAGGAAAGAAUUAGAAGAAAAAUUGCUGAGAGACGCCGAAGAGAAACGAUUAAGAGCCAUACCUCAAUGGAAACGGCAAUUAUUACAAAAAAAAGAAGAAGCCGAAUCUAAAAUGCGAUCAACCCUGUAUACUCCGAAAGUAGUAGACGAAUCAAGGAUAUCGAAAAAACUAGAUUUAGAUAAUAAUAACACGACGUCAAACGAUAGAACUACAGAAGAUAACGGUUACGACGAUGUUAAUAACGACGAAAGCAUCAAAUUCGAAAACGAAAAUAACGAAACGGAAGAACAGUCAGAAGAAGACACUCCUAAUAUCAUCCCUUGGAGGGCGCAUCUGAGGAAAACUAACAGCAAAUUGAAUCUGUUGGAGUGAAUUAGCCAUUCGUAGGUAAACGUUUAGAAUAAAAUUAUAACCAGGACUUCAUCGAUUAACUAAACAUCUUGUAAUUAUUGAAACUAAAUCGAUUAAUAAUAUGACAGUGACAGAUUGCAUAAUUAGAAUCAGGAAUACCACAAUAAAUGUAGUGUGAAUUAAAUUUUGACGUUUAUCUAAAAUUCAUUUUCUAUCUACCGACUACUUAAUCGUAUAGGUAAAGGCUAUUUUAUAAGAGGGAAAGAAUAAUGACAAACGUAGUCUCGAUAUACUAUUUAUUAAAUUAGUCUAAUAAAAGACACGUGCAGAUACAAUAAAAAUUAGAAAUUUAAAUAUUAAUUUCGUUCUAAUACUUGGUUUUAAUGUAUAUCAGACUUUUUAGUUUUAUUAGGUAGGUUCUGGUUCUAUAUUUAUGACAGUUAUAUAAAAAAGAAGAAGAACAUAAAUGAUUUGGAUGAAUCAUUUCAAUUGAGGCGAUGUGUGGUAAACAAAAGCUUUUGUCUUAAAUUUUUAUGGUUUGUGAUCGAUUUUAAAGUAAAAAAUUUGCUCCCAGAAAGUGGAUUUGUUAGUUUUUUUCCACUAUGCAGUGAUGUAUUCAGUGUAAGCAAACGGUAAAUAUAAUCUUAAAACUUGUGGAAAAUGAGAAGGAUUCUAACUAAAGCUCUUUACAUCUAAUGAAAACAAGUUCAUUUCACUUUAAGUUUGUAUACUUAUGCUGCCACUGGGUUAUCGUUUUGCAGCCUACUUGUUAAGGUACGUGGUUAAUGAAACAAAUUACUCGUAAUUAAAAAAAACUUUAAUGUCCAUAAGAAUAAUGAAUCUUACAUAGAACUGGGGCCUGUCGAGGCACACGUCGUGCGUAUGAACUCUUACAUACAUUACAUUACAGGUUAAUGUUCCCGUAAUUUAAGCACAAAAUUAGUACAUUUUGUAAAUUGUUUUAAAUAAUUCUUGAAGUAUGAAACAAAUGUAAAUUGUAUCUAUGAAGUUCUAUUAACAUCAUGAAAUAAUAAAACAACUACCUUACCGGAAAAACUAACACACAUACAAGAAAAUAAAUUACUUACUGCCACUUUGAUGUAGAUUGACUUCUUUAAACCCAGUGUGUAUAAUUAGAUUUAUAAAUAAAUACGAAAUUAUUAACCUCCAUUUGCUAUUAUUUAAGUUUUUCUUCGUUGAUUUAAUGUAUAUUAUUAAUUUAUCGAACAUAUAAAGCGAAUUUCAAUUAGUAUUUAUAUAAAUAUUGUCUUUAUUUAGUUCGUCUAUUUACAUAAUGUUAAAUACAGAUACAGAACUAAAAUAAUGUUAGAGAAGCUACAUUGAAUCCGAAAAUGUUUAGGUACAGAUAAACAACGUUAUUUUAAGUAGCAGAAAAUAUGAAAUAAAAAAUGACUGAGGUCUUCCAUCACGUGACUGAUACGUCAGCAACUAUAACUAUAAAAAUGUUCAAAAUCGGGACAAUCUUAUCAUGAUCUAAUCCGGAUCAUGUUCAUUAUUGUUCGUGAAUCGAUUAUUUCAUCGGGUCUUAGUCAUAUGUUAUGAUCCUUUCAUAAUUUCCAUAUAUAUAAUACUUCUAUGCAGACAUUUUCUAUAAGUUGAAGCUGUUCCGACUAAGGAAGACAGAAUGGAAUAGAUUUCUCUAUCCUCCGAGGUUCCAGCUCGGUUCUGCGUAUGCAAGCAUGCACAGUAUAGAUAAAGUGCUUCGAACCAUACCAACUAUCUAUAUAGGAUUAUUACACAUAUGAUAACUUCGCAUUGAAUAAUAAGUGAUUAUUGUUUACUUAUACACGUUUUAUUAUGUUUUUUUGAUAUAUUUUCAGAACUUUACACAACCUAUUUUUUAUUAUGAAAAAUUUUUUCAAAGCAUUUAGAAUCAUAUUGAAAGGAGACAUAAAGUAACAAGUAAAUUUCAAAUGAAAAGUGGCGGCUUCCAGAAUUUACGUAAAAUGGUUAGAGGUAGAAUAUUCAAAUUAUACCAGGUAUUACUAAAAUUAAAAUCUAUCUAUAAAUUGCUGUAUAAAUUGAACAAAAAAUAAAAAUUGUAACUGUAAUUUUUCAACACAUUUAGUCAAUAUAUUGUGAUUUAUUGUAUUUUUUGUUAAAUAAAACUCCAUUAUAUUAUUAGCUUAAACUAUUGUUUAUAUUUAUAAGGUGCUUUCGAGGUUUGGGUUUGUACAGAAUUAUUUCGUAUGUAUAAGAAAUAAAUUUUUUAAAAAUAUUGAUUGUUGUUUUAUUUCUAAUCACAGUAUAUUAUGUUGAAAGAAAAAUCCUAUUUAAAACACUAGAAAAGUUCUUG